GGCCGGGAGCGGGCCGAGGCCGCGGUCGGAGCAGCCAGCCCGCACUCUGUGACCCCGCCGGGCCCUCGGCAGCGCGGUGCCAGCUUUGAUGCGCGCAGCACAGGGCAGGCCGUGGCCAGGGCUGGGCAUGGGCUGUGUGUGACCCCCCUGGCACUGCCAUGCACCCCGUGGGCGCCGGGGACAGCAGCUUCACCCGCGGGGCCCUGCAGGGCCAGACCCUGUCCCGCAGCCACUGCCGCAACAUCCGGCAGAAGAUCUCGCAGUGGGAGGGCAGGACAAGGGGCUGCCCCAGCAAGGACAGGCAGCAGCUCAAGGACUUUGGGGUGAAAUAUGACCCCAGCUGCAAUAGUGCACUGCCCAAAGUGAGGGCAGAAUGCACUGAGAAUGGCACAAGGGCUGGGGGUAAAGAUCCCAAGAGCCUGGGGUUGGAUUUUAGGGAAGAUGCUCGGAGAUGCUGGCAGACCAAGGGCUGUGGUGGCCCAGCUUGCCCAGCCAAGGAGAAAGGAGAGGGGCAAACAGGCUGCCUGACCCCAGGGGUGGCACUGCCCCCAGGGAACUUCUAUACCUCACAAGCUCUGUGGAGGAGAGCAGAUCCCCCCCUGCCUGGCAGAACCUCUCCUGUGGCCUUGGACCUCCAGAGGAAGCGAGGCAGCGCUGGCUCCGCGGAAAGAGAACUGCAAAUCCAAGGAGUGGACGCUCUCUGCAGGGCAGAGAGGAGCUUGAGGAACAUUUACUCUGAGGUUGAGGGGCAGGAGGGGGAGGAGGCAGCUCCUGAUCCACCUCCCAAACCCCGCAGGACUUUCCGCUACCUGGCAGAGAAGGGUGCUGGGGGUCGCAGAGCUGCCAGUGCCACCAGGGAAGGUCCCCUGCAAAAACACUGUGGAAAGGACUUGGUGUCAUCCUCCAACAACCCUGAGAAGAAAAUAGCCAGCAGGAGGAUCAGAGGGAGAGCCCAGAGGAAAUCUUUUGAGUUUGAGGACAUCCAGGGCUUCCGCAGGCGGCCGGCGGGCGGCGGCUGCCACAGACCCCGGGAGGAGAGCAAUGGCUCCGCAGGAUCCAGGCUGCUCUGCACUCAGUCUCAGGACAACAUCUACGAGGACAUUAUCUGUCCUACAAAGGAACAUCCCUAUGAAGAUAUCAGAGCACUGCCCUUGCCCCUGUGGAAGGUCCCAUCUGUGUGGAAGCUGCCCCCUCCCCGGAGCAUCAGCAGGGCUCCCAAGCCUCCCCCCAAACCUCCCUUCCUCAGCCGUAAGUCACUGGAGCUGAAACCCUCCCAGACAAAUUUCCACGGGAAGGUGGGGAAGGAAACCUCCCUGCCUGUCACUGUGUCUGAGUGGAAGCUGUUCCGAGCAGUGGAGGCUGCCAGCAGGAGAAAGAACCUGCCCUGGCUGGUACUGAAAAUACAGGAGAUCUUUGAUUCCAAACGUGGAAAGAAGAAAGUGAAACUGCUCAGUCCUGCUGGGAGAGAAGCAGCUCCAGUGAAAGGUGAAACCAGCGGCAACGAAAGCGAUACGGAAAAUCAGCCCAAAAGUCGCCCCAGGUGCCUGAGGCGCUCGCCCUCCAAGAGGAACCCUCACUACCAGACCUUGGAGAGGGAUCUCAUCGAGCUCCAGGAGCAGAGGCUCUUCGAGCUCUUCGUGGUGGUGUCCCUGCACAAGAAGGCAUCUGAGGUCACCUACACACCACACAUCAUCCAGCAGUUCCCCAGCAAGCCUGAACAUCCCUUCAGACCAUCAAAGGACACUGAAGAGAGGCUAAAGGUCAUUCCCAAAUUCUGCUUUCCAGAUCCCAAAGACUGGUUCCCUUCAUCAGACCUUAAAAGUGAAACCUUUUCCUUCGUGCUGACGGGGGAGGACGGCAGCCGCUGGUUCGGGUACUGCAGGAAGCUCCUGCCAGAAGGGAAAGGGAAGCGCCUGCCCGAGGUGUACUGCAUCGUGAGCCGCUUGGGCUGCUUCAACCUCUUCUCCAAGAUCCUGGAUGAGGUGGAGAAGAGGAGGGAGAUGUCCCCAGCCCUGGUGCACCCCUUCAUGCACAGCGUGAUGGAGGCGCCGUUCCCCGCCCCGGGCCGCACCAUCACCGUCAGGAGCUUCCUGCCAGGAGCAGGAGAUGAGGUGAUGGAGCUGUGCCGCCCCUUGGACUCCAGGCUGGAGCACGUGGACUUCGAGUGCCUCUUGCAGUGUCUGAGUGUGUCCCACACCAUCCGGGUGUUUGCCUCCCUCCUGCUGGAAAGGAGGGUCAUCUUUGUGGCUGACAAUUUAAGCACUCUGUCUAAAUGUGGGCACGCUGCAGUGGCAACCCUGUACCCCUUCACCUGGCAGCACACCUACAUCCCUGUCCUGCCAGCUUCCAUGAUCGACAUCGUGUGCUCUCCGACCCCGUUCCUCAUUGGCAUCCUCUCCUGCUCCCUGCCACAGCUCUGGGACCUGCCCAUAGAGGAGGUUCUGAUUGUUGAUCUUUGUGCUGACAAGUUCUUGCAAGAGGUAUCAGAUGAGGAUGAGAUCCUGCCCCACAAACUGCAGGCUGCACUUGUACAAAUCCUGGAAGAACGGAGUGAAAUCCUGUCACACGAGCAGAAUGACACACAAGGUGCCACGAGCCUGAACUCCCUGGUCUCGGAGGCUUUUGUGCAGUUCUUCGUGGAGAUCGUGGGGCACUACUCGCUGCACAUGAGCGUGACGGAGCAGGGCCAGCGCGUGUUCCAGCGCGAGCCCUUCCGCAAGAGCCACGGCUCGCGCACCGUGCGCCACUUCCUGCACUGCUUCAUGGAGACACAGAUGUUCGCCGGCUUCAUCCAGGACCGCGAGCUCAGCAAGAGCCUGGCCAAAGGCCUUUUUGAGGUCCGUGCUUUGGAGUAUUUGGAGCGUAUUCCAGAGACGGAACGAACUGGAAUGAACAAAAUCCUUCGCAGUCUUGGCAGUAAAAUGAAAUUCCUCCAGAAGAAGUGACCGGGCGCUGCUGCGGGACAGCAGCGGAGGAGGAACCACAGACCCUGCCUGGGACAGACUGAGCUGGGCCCCGGGAGGGCCAGGCUGGGCCAGGGGCUCCGAGUGUGCUGCGGGAACAACCGGCACGGGGAUUGAUAACAGCCCAUGGAUU